AUGACCAAGGGAAAGGGUGCUAUGGCCAGCCUGACGGGUCCAUGGAACGCGGUCCAUGGACCCGGUAGGCCUAAAGACGGCCAACUUGUGGCCAUGCUGGCCUGUGGACGGUGGAGGCCAUUGAAUCGAUUUCUGUGGUCCUGUGGCGACCAAGGACCGGUAGCCAGACCGAAUUUACUCGCCAAAGCAAGCGCAAGGCUGGUUUUCCCAGUCCCAGGGGGUCCACUGAUGGGUCCGUUCUUGGGGCGCGAGCCGAUUGUUACUGCGGUCCUUUUUGGAAAAGUGGCCCUGGGGGCACUGCUCUCCCUGGGGACACCGCUCUCCUCGUCUGGCCAGUCCAUACUUCUGAGAAUUAUCGACAGUUUGGAAAGGGCCAAUUCACAGGGCCUCGAUGUCGAAUUCUACUGGAUCCCGGCGCACCAUGGUAUCGAGGGGAACGAAUUGGCAGAUAAACUCGCAAAGGAGGCGACUGGAUGCAAACAACGACAUGGUAGGAGAGGAAAGCUGAUCACAGUAGACACUGAUGAUGCCGCAGCCACACCUGACUUCCUAAGACAUCUGAUAUCAGCGGCGAGGUCGGAACUAAAUCGCCAGACCCAGGAGCGAUGGGAGCAUGACUGGGAACAUGAGACAACGGGACGAGCUACCUUUACGCUGACUCCAACUCCAAGCUCUACUGUCCUUCAACUACACGAUUCCUUACACAAGGUUCUCAGUUCCACAAUUGUCCAGAUGCGCACCGGCAAGAUCGGACUACGACAAUUUUUAUAUGAGAGGAAAGUGCCAGACAUUACUGACACCCUAUGCGAAUGCGGGAAUGGAAACCAGACAGUACGGCACGUCCUCCUGGCGUGCCCUAGGUUCAACAGCCUCAGAGCGGCAACAUGGAAAGACGGCGAUGGAAGAAGGGAAAGAUUGGAUCUCAGGGAGAUCCUGACCAAGCCUAAGCUAGCUAAGAAGGCCGCAAGAUUCAUGAUCUUAACUAGACUCCUCGGGCAAUAUGGAGCAAUUUCAGGAGGACGAAAUACGCUAAGGCACGCACUGAGUUCUUUCCGGUUUAUAGGACAAACAGGAGUCAGGGGACCCGCCGGGAGGACCUUUGCCUACCAUCUAGACUGUAUAGCUGAUGGAUAUUAG